UUAGAGCAUUUACACCUAGCAGCGCUACUAACAUGCUGCUCUCGAUACAGAUAUCGUACGGGAUCAUAUCGAUUCUCUCCGUGCUUGGAAACACACUGGUCAUGCUGGUUUUCCUCAACCAGCGAAAUCGGUUUAACAAGUCUUACAACAUCAUGAUUUUUGGUUUGGCCGUGACAGAUUGCAUGGCAGGAAUCGUCAUGUUUAUCUCGCCCAAGUUUGUUUUCGACCCGCCCCUCUUCGAGCCAACCAACAUACCAGGCCUAAUAGCGUAUUGCCAUAUGUUAUGGAUCCGCAUGAUCGUGUUUCUGCUCGGUUUUGCAUCCACCUACAUCUGUCUCCUUCUCGCCUUCGAUCGCUGGGUCGCUGUGGUUCGACCAACGCGUUAUAAGCAAGUCUUCACGGUGAGAAAGACCAUCGUAGGGGUCUUUCUGUCUUAUGUGAUCGCGCUCGGCCUCGUAUGGAUCGCUCACCCGGGUUCCAAAUACGCGCCUGGAAACCCUGCCGGCAAGCGAUGCAUCAUCCUCCGCGCCGAGCAGGAUUUCCUCGCGCAUGUGCGAGGCGUACUGGGAUUCCUGCUCAAGUCUGCUCUCCCGUUCUUCGUCAUCACGUGUCUGUACGCGCAUCUCGUGUACAAGCUCCGAAAAUCUCCUAAUUUGGGCUCCGAGCAGCACUCGGCCAUCACUCGGAGAGUCACUCGAGUCGCCGCCCUCGCCACGACGUUGCUGAUCAUCUCCUGGAGCCCUUCUCAAGUGAGUUUCUUCCUCUCGUCUAUUGGCUACGGAAAUAUCCGGUCCGCGUUGCAUCUUGGGUUAUCAGUUCUUGCCAUGCUCAACUUCUGCCUUAACCCCAUAAUUUACGCGCUCGCUAGCAAGGAGUUCCGCAAAGGCUACUGGGAAGUGUUCACCAAAUGCCGGUGUCUCAUGGGAAGGAGACAUCGUGUCGCGGCGCGAGAGGAAAGGGCUGGGACCGAGAGAAGUGACGUGGGCUUUGCUGAGGAUGAUGGAGGGGGACUUGGAGAUCGCAGGGCGGCUUAUGAGGACAACAAUGUCUAGUCCUGGAAACUAGUAGACAAAAAUACUAUUAAAAGAAGGCCAAUCACGCAUCACCGAGUGACUCCAUUUGCAUCGGCAAAUUCAAGCAAGUAACUGAGAAACUUUUACUUAUAUCAAUAGACUUCAUUCGUGGAUGUUUAUUUUGAAGUUCUCUUGCAUAUAAACUGCUGUAUUUUCAAUUGUUAAUAAUAACAAAGGAGUGGUUGAU